AUGCUCCGCGACAGUGGCUUGGGUGCGAUGAGUCGCCACCCAACAAUCGCCACCUCCAGCCGUAUGGAGGCACCCGCAACGACAGCAGACACAGAUGACGAGCAAAGCCCGAGCAAUGAAGACCUCUUCGGCCAGCUCCCCGGCGGCAAGCGACGCACAUUCAUCCUAGUCGAAGACCCACAACGAGGCUCGCGUGUUCGCGUGAAGGUCGGCCUGGAUAAGAUCAACAUGGACGAUCUACCGGAUUCGUAUCGCAAGCUUAAUGCCGUCUACCCGCGCACCUACUUUCCGGUGCAGAUGAAAGAUGCACCAGGGGCGAGCAUCCCGUCGAACCGAUAUUUCCGUGAUGACACGGAUGUUGCGGAUGACGAUGCGUUGACUGUUGGACGGACUACGGUUCCUGCGCCCUCAUUGGAUGGCGAGCGAGACAUUGUUGUGCCUAAGCUUUCGCGGCGGGGACAUCGGAAGGAGGUCAUGUUGAAUGAUCUGGGGUACCGACUUAGUUGGAGUCAGAGUCGAGUUUUUGCGGGGCGCAUGUUGUUCUUGCAGCAGUCGUCUGCAGCCGAGCCGUCCUCCUUGCGUGGCACGGCACUGCCCACGUGUGGUGCAAACGGGCUGAGACGUGUCUCACCGGAAGCCGAAGUCUGCCGUGUUCAGACAAUUAUAGCCUCAACUAACUUUGAUCGGAAUAUAGUGGAUGCCUACCGAAAUAAAAUGCGCAGUUCGAUGUUAGCGGCAGGACAGGAUCCGGCGGAGAUUCCGGAGCAUUUUGAUACUCGGCGUGGCAAGCGACGAUUUUUGGAGCGGGCGGGUCGGAUGGGGUCGGCGGUGCAGCGGAGUGCGGAAGAGGUAGAGGGGUAG